AUGGUGCGGACCAAGGGCCGUGCCAAGCCCAACGUGGCCGGCGAGCGCUACGACUCGAAUGCGAUCCCGAUGGCGCAGCCGACACCCGCGCAGAGCCGCACGCGGCCGCACCCGGGCGCCUUCAACCCGGCGGACCUCAUGGGCAUGCUCGGGGGCGGCGGGGGCGGCGGCAUGCCGGAUAUGUCCCAGAUGAUGGAGAUGAUGCAGGGCAUGGGGGGCAUGGGCGGGAUGCCGGGGAUGGCCGGCGGGAUGCCAGGCAUGCCGCCCAUGGGGGGUAUGCCGGGCAUGAUGCCGGGGAUGCCGGGGAUGCCCGGCAUGAUGCCCCCCAUGGAGCCCAUGCGGCCCAAGAUCAUCUACUCGUACGGCCUGGCGGAGGGCACCCCCACGGCGAGCUUCUUCACGUUCUACCCCAACUACAUCGACAACAAGAAGACGGUGCAGCAGGGCCGCCGCAUCUCGCAGGCGCAGGCGUGCGAGGCGCCGCUGGCCGACGAGAUGUCGGAGGUCUGCACGUAUUUCAAGCUGCCGCACGUGCUGGAGCCGGCCAAGAAGUACCCGCGCGACUGGCUCGUGUCGGGCCGCAUCCGCGUGCGUCUCGUGCGCGACGACGGCGCGCCCGAGAACCCGGAGAUCCCCACGCGCAAGGUACUGAUGGUCAAGAUGGCGGAGCUCAUCCCCAAGCUGCAGAGCCGCAAGCUCCGGCUCGAGAAGGAGGCCGAGGAGGCCAAGAAGAAGGCGGCAGCGGCGGCGGCUGGCGCGGCCACGGCGUCCUCCGGCGGCGGCAAGAAGAAGGGCAAGAAGAAGGGCAGGAGAUAA